AUGACCCUGUCAUCACCAUCCAACCACGGCCUCGUCGCUGUGAUGCUCGUGCUUAGCACAUUUUCUCAAACCGCCUUGGCACAGCUCGCCAAGCGUAAUGACAACUCCACCCCCGCCGAACGCAAGAGGACCAUUGCCAUUGUCGUCGGCACUAUCGUUGGCGUCGGCCUCGUCGGUGGCCUCAUUCUCCUCUACUUCCUCCACCGUCGCAUGCAGCGUCGCGACCGCAAGGAAGCCGAGGGUGACGCCCAUCUCGAGCUCGAGGGCGAUAUCGACGACUCGGACUACCCCGCCAUGCCGCGCCCCAGCAAGCAACGCGAGGGCCAGACCCCAGCGAACCCAUUCGAGCCGCCGCGUGACCGCCCUUAUGAGAACGGCGACAUGAAAUAA